CAGUCCGUCCCCUCCUUCUCUGCCCAGCCUCUCCACAGCCGAGGCUCCAACACCUGAAGGGACAGAAGCGGACGCGGGGAGCUCCAACAGGCGGCGGCACGGGACCGCGGGUCCAGGGGUGGCUUCCUCAUGGCGCCGCCGUGAGAGGGGACCCAGCUGCUGGGACCCGAGCGGUUUUUGGAGCCUUAGGGCUGGCUGGGUCAGGUGGAAGCCGUGACUGUCAUGGAUGAAGAAAAGCUCCCAUGUGACCUGCGUGAGGAAGGAGGUGCUAUUCAGGACCACAGCCCAGAACCUGAAGGGGAACCUGGGGUCCAGAAUGGAAUGGAAGCCCAGGAAGGCCCAGGCAGCCACAUCAGCAGUCCAGGCAGUGAGAAGACAGGUACCUUAGAGGGCACCAUGGAGCCCAUGGGAGACCCAGAUGUGGCCGUGCCUGGCCUCAGCCUCUCUCUCACCAAUGGGCUGGCCUUGGGACAAGAUGGGAACAUUCUGGAAGAUUCCAUGGAAUCCAGGCCCUGGAGGGCUAGUGAACCUGCAGAGGAGGAGGAGGAUCUCUCCAGGAGUCUCUGUCCAGAAGCUGAAGAUCCUCAGCUGGGGCUGGACUGCUCCGGGGAACCAGAUGUGCGGGAUGGCUUCAGUGCGACUUUUGAGAAGAUUCUGGAGUCAGAGCUGUUGCGGGGUACCCAGUACAGCAGCCUGGACUCUUUGGAUGUGCUCAGUCUCACUGACGAGAGCGACAGCUGUGUCAGCUUCGAGGCCCCCCUCACACCUCUCAUCCAGCAACGGGCUCGAGACAGCCCUGAGCCCGGGACUGGGCUGGGCCCUGAGGGGGAUCUGGGGGCAGCUGGUGGUGGUGAUGGGGAGCUGGGCAGCCCCCUGCGGCGGUCCAUCUCUAGCAGCCGCUCAGAGAAUGUCCUGAGCCACCUGUCUCUCGCGUCGGUGCCCAAUGGGUUCCACGAAGAGGGACCUGGGGGCUCGGGAGGAGACGAUGAGGAGGAGGACACGGACAAGUUGCUGAACUCGGCCAGCGACACCAGCCUCAAGGAUGGCCUGUCAGACUCGGACUCAGAGCUGAGCAGCUCCGAGGGACUGGAGCCUGGUGGCACAGAUCCACUGGCCAAUGGGUGCCAGGGGGUCAGCGAAGCCGCUCGCCGACUGGCCCGCCGCCUCUACCACCUUGAGGGCUUCCAGCGCUGUGAUGUGGCUCGGCAACUGGGCAAGAACAAUGAGUUCAGCAGGCUGGUUGCUGGGGAGUACCUCAGUUUCUUCGACUUCUCAGGCCUCACGCUGGACAGAGCGCUCAGAACCUUCCUGAAGGCCUUCCCACUGAUGGGGGAGACGCAGGAGCGAGAACGAGUCCUUACCCACUUCUCCCGCCGGUACUGCCAGUGUAACCCAGACGACAGCACAUCAGAAGAUGGGAUCCACACGCUGACCUGCGCUCUGAUGCUGCUGAACACAGACCUGCAUGGACAUAACAUUGGCAAGAAGAUGUCCUGCCAGCAAUUCAUUGCCAAUUUGGACCAGCUGAAUGAUGGCCAAGACUUUGCCAAAGACCUGUUGAAGACGCUUUACAACUCCAUCAAGAAUGAAAAGCUGGAAUGGGCCAUUGAUGAGAAUGAGCUGAGAAAAUCCCUGUCUGAGCUGGUGGAUGACAAGUUUGGGACAGGCACAAAGAAGGUGACCCGGAUCUUGGAUGGUGGCAAUCCAUUCCUGGAUGUCCCGCAGGCUCUCAGCGCUACCACCUACAAGCAUGGCGUGCUGACCCGGAAGACUCACGCUGACAUGGAUGGCAAGAGGACACCCCGUGGGAGGCGUGGCUGGAAGAAAUUCUACGCGGUGCUCAAAGGAACCAUCCUGUACCUGCAGAAGGAUGAAUACAGGCCCGACAAGGCUCUGUCUGAGGGUGACUUGAAGAAUGCCAUCCGUGUGCACCAUGCUCUGGCCACCAGGGCUUCUGACUACAGUAAGAAGUCCAAUGUGCUCAAGCUGAAGACGGCUGACUGGAGGGUCUUCCUUUUCCAGGCACCGAGCAAGGAAGAAAUGCUGUCCUGGAUCCUGAGGAUCAACCUAGUGGCCGCCAUCUUCUCUGCACCUGCCUUCCCAGCGGCCGUCAGCUCCAUGAAGAAGUUUUGUCGGCCACUGCUACCCUCCUGUACCACACGCCUCUGCCAGGAGGAACAGCUGCAGUCUCAUGAGAAUAAGUUGAGGCAGGUGACUGCAGAGUUGGCUGAACACAGGUGUCACCCAGUGGAGAGGGGCCUCAAGUCCAAGGAGGCGGAGGAAUACCGGCUGAAGGAACACUAUCUCACGUUUGAGAAAAGCCGUUAUGAGACCUACAUCCACCUCCUAUCCGUGAAAAUCAAAGUGGGUUCUGAUGACCUGGAGCGGAUCGAGGCCCGUCUGGCUACUCUAGAAGGGGAUGACCCAGCUCUCCGGAAGACACACUCAAGCCCCGCCCUCAGCCUGGGGCACGGGCCUGUGACUGGCAGCAAAGCCACAAAGGAUGCCUCCGUGUCUGAUUCUUAGCUGGUGUGGCUGUACAGGCCCUGGAGGCAGGCAAAUGUCCCCAGAGGGGGUCAGUGAGCACAAUUCCAGUCGAAGGCUGCUUGGACCAAGCGUCAGGCAGUUAAAACUGGCAACCAGAGGAGUAUGGAGAGCCUUGUGGUCAAGGAGAUGCCAUUUCAUGGCGCUGAUCUUCUGUAUCCUCGGCCGUCUCCGGCCUAGAUCCUCUUCUAGCCCUGGCUGCCCUCAAGUCAUGGGGCCUUGCUUUGCAGGUCAGACACGCUCAAGGGCUGCCAGCCGGAGAAGUCAGUCACUGUUGCUUCCCCAGGCCCCUUCUCAUCAAGCGGCUCCUUCAUCUUGUGUUUGUGAGGACUCUGGGUCUCAGCUUGGAUACCUACCCUUUCUCCUCUUUCCUCUCAGUUGACCAGCAGCAGGUCUAUGGACCACCAGCAACGCCUUCUCCUUUCCUUUUUCCCAGCAACCUUUGCAACCGGUCCAGGUCUCCUGCCUCACAUUGCAAUAAUCUGAGGCCUAACCUCCACUCAGUGCCAAACUGAUUCCACUCGUGCGUGUAUCCAUCUCUCCUUUUAUCCACUCUGAGGCCUCUCCUGCCUCUUUUUUAUAUGGACACAAACUAUAUAUAUAUGUAAAGAACUAAUUUAAGGAAGGUUUGAGAACUACUACCAAUUAGAGGAUGAACCCAGAUGAAGGAACAAGCUUGUCUCAGAGCUCGGCCUGCGAGCAAGGCCGCCUGCUAUGGGGCCCUCCGCUGCCCUGACGCUCUGGAUGGAAAGAUGAAGACCUUUUCCUCUUCCAGCUGACUUGUGACUCUCCGGCACUUUUUCAGUUGAUGCUUUCGGACUAAACAGGAUACGCGUGUCACCUCCCCUGUCCCAAGGGUGCCCUUGUGGGGUGAUGGCUCAGGAGCCCUCCUCUGUUUGCUUGGGUCUCGAGUUCCAGUGUGGCCUCUGCACCGACCUGCUGGCCGGGACGGAGGUCACUCUACCUUUCCGAGCGCCAUAGGCUGAAUGAUAGAGUGAGGUGGAGGGAGCUCUCAACUCAUGGGCUCGGGGACAAGGUGGAGUGGCAAGUUUUUAAUUACUGAUGAUCUUUUCCUUUUUUUAGUGAGUGAGAAAAGCCUAGCUAAGGACGUAGCUGAGAAUAGAGACGCGUGUCCGUCACGGGUUGACAUCCUUCACUUAGACCAACAAGUGAGUUGGGGAGGGGAUGGCCCUCUAGACACAGCUACUGUGAACUAGCCUUUCCUAUUGUUUGGCCAACAGUUUGACCUCUUUGGUGACGUAAGCCUGUGACUAAGCGGUCGGUCUAGUGUUUAAGGUCCACUCCCAUUGGAUGUGGGGAGCUGUAAGUAUGUGGAGAGGCGCAGGGGGCUUAACUCCAGAUUGUUUAAAUUGGAUUAGCUGAAGUGUGUAUUAUAACCAAACCUUCUGACCCCUUUGUUUUGCUCAGGGGAAGUAAACGCUCGUUUGAAUGAGAUCAGAAAGGCGAUUUAGGGGCAGUAAAGAGAUCUCAGUUCUUUGUCCAGCUGCCUGAAGGUUCUUUGAUUUUCAGGCCCGGGUCCCUCCCUCUGUGUCAGGGGAGUGGCGGGGGGCGAUGACAGCCGAGGUGUAAGCUCACUAGCCACAGACACGCGCGCGUGUGCGAUUCCCCAAGCACUAGUCGUGCCUCCCACCAGUAAAGACAUUUCUUACUUCACUUCCUUAAUUGUAUAAUUCUUUAUUUGUAAAUUAUAUACAUGUACUACUGUACUAAAAUAUUAUGUACAUUAUAAAACAUACACAAAAAUAGAAAUUUAAAAAAAGAUGAGAUGAAAAUAAAUCUAAAUCAAAGUUCUAAUAUUUUUCCUGCAUUCUAAUAGACCA